AUGCCGCAAAAAGACUUCUUGAGAGAUUUGCAGGCUGCUUCUGUUCCUGGUUCGUUUUCCAGCAUAACCAGUGUCAAGACUGGGGAAUAUGAAGGAUCGAUGUCCUUUAUGUUCAAAUCGCCAGGGACAACCCUGGAGCUGGAGUUCCAAGUCGUAUUAUCGGACUCUCAUGAUUACCCAAAGGAUCACAGCUACUUGAUCUUUUCGACGUCUGAUGAUUGUCCCAAGGCAGUCACCUCAGCCGUCGAGAACUGUGUCUCUUUAUUCACAGGCUCAACGAUCCACGAUAUGCUGAGCAGCAUUGAAAAUGUCAUUACAGAAACUAUCAUGGAGCCCAACAAAAAGACCGACCUGCUCGAUGAUGAGAUGGACUCUAGCAACGACGACCUGACAUCUGAACUUGGUGGCUCGGACUGGGACACCGGAGAAGCCGAGGAUUUGAUUCUGGUAGGCAUCAAUAGUGAGAGCCUGAUUCGAGAGAAGAUUCGCCGAGACUUGAUUGCUGCCAAGCAUGCGGGUUUCAAGGUGGGAUACCUGGGUUCACCUCAUGGCAGUAUCAUCGUUUGUGUCUCGAGGCGUAUUGCGAAACUGGAAAUUUCCGAAGAAGCAAUGGAUGCAUGGAAUGUACGACCCUCCGAAUACCUGGUAUUGCUAAUGCGCUAUCGACCAACCUACCUUGACCUCGAAACAAUCACCCAGGCCGCGAGCGAGUCAAAAGCUACCUUGGUUCAGAUGUACGUGGGACUCUGUGAUUCAUACAAACCGUCACUGGAAUAUGCUCUGGAAGCCAUUGAGAGCACACACGGUAAUACGAACAAGCACGCGGAUACCGAUUCACGCAACAAAUUGGCAGGUCACCCCAUGAGACCGCUAUUUAUUGGAAAAUCAAUCAACUCGCUUCUCAAAGAACGGCUACUCAAGAUAAUCGGACUUCGUAUACAACAUGGACUUUCCUGGACAGGUGCCGAACAAUUCUUUCAAGUCAAUCAGGGCAAAAUCAUCGUUGACUAUGACUCCAUUUCAGACGAAUAUCGCCAGCCGGACAGCUGGGCUACUUCAACGCCACGAUUCUUAUCAGCCGAUCAUAUGGUUGAGAUGAAACAAGACCUGAGUGCACUAUCCUUACCUCUUCUUGCCAUGCAAUUUACUUUGCGUCAUUUUGUCAAAUGUACGGAGUUUUGCCUUGUCUGCCACUGCAAGACCAAUGAUACUUUCGAGGCACUCAAGCCAUAUGUUUGCUCAAACGGUCUAUGCUUAUAUCAAUACAUGGCAAUGGACAUGGGAACCAGUCUGGAGUACGAAAUUCGCUCGCAGCCCUUUGUCGUCGAUUUGCUGGUCAGUCUAGCAUACGCCCGCGCUACAUCGUUCCUUCUUGAAGAUUUUCCAACUGGUCUCCAGCUUCGAAUUCCCGCGGAAAUAAUUCCCAACAAAGAUCUCAAAACUGGCCCCUAUCUUACCGGGCGAUUGAUUGCAUCAAAGCUGGAUCUUCGCACAGACGUCCCACCUAAGGUAAAAGCAGGUGAUUGGAUUGUUAUCGUCCGCCCCGAUGCCUCCGUGAAUAUUGAGCUAUGGAAAGAAUACUGGCAUUGUCGCGUUGAGAGGGUUGGUGAACAUUCAAAUCAUCUCCAAAUUUCGCGACCAGUUAUCCUCGGUCGUCAAGUGCGGGUAACAGAACUGAAAGAUCAGCCGAAAGAGGUGAACUUCGUGAUCUAUAACACAAAUUUUGAUGAUCUGCAAACAAUGCAAAAGCAAAACAUGGUCUCUACAUUGUUGUGCUCGCUUCCUGAAGUCAAGGACAUGCAGACGUAUAUUGGCAAGCAUGGAAGUGAAAGACUUCUCUCUUCGUGGAAAGAUGUGAUCUCCCCAGCCGCAUUGGACCUUUUACGAUGGAUUGUUGCAUCAAAUCGAUCGUUCAUUAGAAUGGACGACCCAAACACUUCUCACCAAGUACAUGGCAUGAACCAACAUGUUCAGUUUCGACUUGUACAGGGAGCCGCCGACAAAGAGCAGCGAUUUUUAGACGCAGUCACUUCUGUAUCCAUGAAAACCCGUCCCGAGCACCCAACGCUAUUUGCUUGGCAUGGAAGCCCUGUGCAUAACUGGCACAGCAUUUUACGCGAGGGUCUUCAUUUCAAGCAAGUGAUAAACGGCCGUUCUAGUGGCCAUGGAGUCUACAUGUCCAAGAUGUUCGAGACUUCGAUAGGGUAUACCCGUCGUACUAGUGCUAACUUUUGGCCCCGGAGCCGGAUGAAUAUCAUGACAGUGAUUUCUUUGAACGAGGUUGUCAAUUCACCGGCGGAUUUCGUGUCUCAAAGUCCCCAUUAUGUCGUGCAAAACUUGGACUGGAUUCAGCCAAGAUAUCUGUUCGUCCAGCUUAACAGUCCCUUUGAGAAUUCGAAUUCAGCACUGAAGCCCUCGAAUUUCACUCGAAACAUGGGCUUGAUUUACAGACAGGAUCCGAAGCUCUGUAUCGAUGGCCCAGGUGGAAAUCCCAUCAAUAUACCAUUAUCGGCACUGGGUGGCCAACGUGGUAGGUCUCUUCGCGUUGCAUCCGAAAACCCAAAUACACCAGUCGACCGUGAUCAUCCUAAACCACCCAAAAGACGCAAAUUCUUGUUUGGCAACUCCAAAAGUCAACCCACUGACCUGGAUGCCAUGAAUAACAAUACUAAUGAGAACAAUGACACCAACGAAAGCUACAAUAAUGACCCUAAUGAUAACAAUAACGAUAACGACAGCAUCGAAACAGACAUAGAAGAUAUUUCAAUUCUUUUGUCAGACGAUGAAAAGACAGAUACCCAACCAGGAAGCCCACAAAGCUCCAAGACUAACUUCCAACCCGGAACCCUGAAAGAGGAGUCUUUGCCUCUCCUCAGCCCACCACAAUAUGCCACUACACCCGCGACAAAGAUGCUCCAGAAGCAUCUCAACGCAACCCUCAAAGUCCAGGAAAAAGUCCCACUCGGCGAACUGGGCUGGUACGUCGACCCCAACCUCAUCACAACAGUCUACCAAUGGAUCAUCGAACUGCACACAUUCGACCCACACCUCCCUCUCGCAAAGGAUCUCAAAGCAGCCAACCUGCAGAGCAUCGUUCUCGAGCUCCGAUUCCCCGCCCAAUUCCCAAUAGACCCGCCAUUCGUGCGAGUCAUUCGCCCUCGCUUCCUGGAGUUUGCUUCUGGAGGUGGCGGACACGUCACAGCUGGCGGCGCCAUGUGCAUGGAGCUUCUUACCCAUUCUGGGUGGUUGCCAUCUGCUUCGAUAGAGAGUGUCCUGCUGCAGGUUCGCAUGGCUCUUACUGCUACUGACCCACAUCCUGCUCGUUUGUCACCACAACGUGCCAAUCCUGAUUACUCGGUUAGGGAAGCAGUGGCUGCUUACACUAGGGCUUGCCGCAUGCAUGGGUGGAGUUUUCCCAGUGACCUGGAGCGUAUUGCUUGGUGA